AUGUCGCCGGACAGCUUGCAAGCGCGGCUCGCGGCUCUCCAGGAAACCACGACGCAGCUCCGGCAGCUCAUCGACCGGUUAGCCACGCUCGACUUUCAAACGCCCCGGUGGGUGGACGAGGAACCCUCGACCGGCGACGAGCUGGCCGCCGAGAUUGGCCAGAUGCUGAGGACCGGUGUCGACGAGCAGGAGCUCCUCAGCGAGGAAAUCAAGUUUGUGCGGCCAGAAGGCGCGGAAAAGGCGGCGUUGAGGGACGGUAUCGAGAGACUGGGAGCCGAGCUCUCGAGGUGCCGAGCGCGGUUCCGAAAAGCGCGGCUGGUCGCCCGCGAGAACCUGACGCAAGCGCGCCGGGCCGAGUGGCUAUCGCUGGUGCGCUCGUACGCGCCCCCCGGCGGCCCGGAGGAACCGACCACGCCUCCCGCCCACGAGAGCCCUCGAGCCGCCGCCGCCGCCGCCGCCGCCGCCGCGCGGCACCCGCGCCGACCCCAGAAUCUCGGCCCGCCGUCGCAGCAGCAGCCGUCGGCGCUGUCGGAGCGCGACCAGCAGGCCGUCGGGGCGAGCAGCAACGUGACCGGCGCCCUGAGGCGGACGCACGACCUCAUCGCGGCGGAGCUGCACCGCAGCGAGUACGCGCACCAGACCCUGGCGGAGUCCUCGGCCGCGCUGAGGCAGCUCGGCGAGUCGUACACGUCGCUGGACUCCAUGCUCGCCAGCUCGCGCGACCUGCUGGGCACGCUGCUGCGCUCGCAGAAGAGCGACACGUGGUACCUGCAGACGGCGCUGUACGUGCUCGUGGUCACGGGGGCCUGGCUGCUUUUCCGGCGGCUCCUGUACGGGCCGCUGUGGUGGUUUGCCUGGCUGCCGCUGCGGCUGCUGCUCGGCGUGGGGUACAAGGCCGGCGGCGCGGUGGUGCGGCAAUCCGUCCCCGGCACGUCGGGAAAGUCCGCCGUGGGCAGGGGCAGCGAAGCGGCGGCGGCGGCGGCGGCGGUGGUGGAAGGCCUGCCGGGCGAGGAGCUGCCGACGGUUCUGGUGGGGAAGCAGCAGGGGCGCUUGGCAGAUGACGCGGAUCCCGCGGUAGGGAAAGCAGCCGAGAUUGGGGGGGAUGCGGGCGAGGACGCGGCAGAAGCGGCAGAUGAAAAUGCUCGGCAGGAUGAGCCAAGAAACCCAAAGAAGAGAAUGUGGGAGGAACCCGAGGUUGGUGGAGCGUCACAGCAGCGGGACGAGCUAUAG